CUAGUUAAAUUGCAGGAUAAAGAAGAUUGGGGCUGUAAUUAGCUUUGUGACAUGGCAAAAGAUUCAUCUGAUUUUGAUUUUGCAGAAGAUAUUUACAGGUCAGAAGUCCUUGAUGAAGGGGAUUUAGAACAAUUAGAUGCCAAGUUUGUUGAAGAGUUACAGUUUCAAGAAGCAAUAUUUUCCUCAGUCAAACAAAAUAUGUCAUCCUCAACCUCAAGGCCAAUGAAUAUCCAAGCAACCUCAUCGAUGUCUAAGCCCGAGGCAAGGAAGUCUGCAACAGAAGUUGUUGAAUCCUCCCUAAGGUACUGUGAGAUAUGCUUUGAUAGAAAGGAAAGGCAUCAAAUGUUCACAAUCUCAGGUUGCUCCCACUCAUUUUGCUCCGAUUGCAUUAGCAUGCUUGUAAAGACAAGGCUUGAGGAAAAUAUAACUAUAAUCAUGUGCCCAGGGGAGAAUUGCAAAUACAUUUUGGAGCUUGAAGCAUGUAGGCCUCUGCUUCCUAAGGAGGUGAUCAAUCAUUGGGAGGAUUUACUAUGUGAAGAACUACUUUGUGCAACUGGCGGAAGACUUUACUGUCCUUUCAAGGAUUGUUCGGCCUUAUUGCUGAAUGAUGACCAAGAAGUCAUAGCAGAAACUGAGUGCCCUGUCUGCCAUAGAUUGUUCUGUGCCCAAUGUCUUGUUAAAUGGCAUCCCGGGAUCGACUGUGAGGAGUAUCAGAAGCUGAGCGAGGAUGAGAGAGGAAGAGAAGACCUCAUGGUGAGGAACCUUGCCCAAGAGAAUAAAUGGCGUAGGUGUCCCAGUUGCCAUAUGAUAGUAGAAAGAACAGAAGGCUGUCUACAUAUGACUUGCAGGUGUAAGGUCGAAUUUUGUUACGCGUGUGGAGCAGAAUGGGCUCAUGAUCAUGGUGGCUGUCAGGGCAACUAAAGACCAAAGCAUGAGAAGGAUAACAAAAGAACGUGAAAAGCAGUUAGUGAAGUUGUUUUCAAUCAUUGGAAGUGGCUCUCAGCAUCCAGAUAGAAAUGAACACAAUUUGUCCUGAGAAGUUUGGUCUUGGUUUAGUAUUCUAGACCAGGAAGCUGCAAGCAUACAAUGUAAUGCAUGGUAGAAAAUUUGUGUCACCUUCUGAAUGUCAUUUGGCUUUGUUUGCUGCUAUUGAGAAUAAUUUUAAAGAGAACUCUAAAAUUGAGCAUUCAAGUUACCCGAUUACUUUCAACAAGUACACAGUACAUUUAAACUUCUCUUCAACCGCUGACUAGGUACAUCUGUUUACUAAGUAUAACAAGAGAAAAUUGAUGGAGACAGAAUUUUCAAUAUACAUUUUUUAUUUUUAC